AUGUCGUUAAUUUUCUGCAACAAGAUAGUGGUGACUUUCAGUAGCAGUGAUUAUGAUUAUUCUUCUAGCUCUUCUGAAGAGGAUUCCAAGAUUUCUGCGGCCGAAGCACGUGCCAAGACGGAUCAUGCUAAGGAGGUAAUAAAUAGCAUGCCUCUCGAUGAUCUAAAAGUUGCUCGUGAUAAGCUUUUGAAGAGGAAAUCCAGGGAGGAGAUAAUAGCUGAUUAUCGGGAGAAAAGGCGUAGAAUUCAGCGGAAAAUACUAGAAGCUGAGGAGAAACUCCGAUCUCGUCCUGAUGGUGUAGCCUUAGACUCAGAUGCUGAAGAAGAGGAACCUAUAUGGGAGCCAAUGGAACGCAGAAGUAGGCCAUAUCCAUCAUACAGGGAGAUUGAGCGACUGGUUGAGGCUGAUCUCCAAGCUGAACGUGAUGAAGAAGACUACUGGGAUGCAAUGUAUAGAGAUCUCGAUGAGGAAAAAUUCCCCAGUUCGGACAGUGAUUCCGAGAAAGAGUCUGAAGAGGAUUCCAUGGAGGACAAUGAUGAUGAUGACGAUGAAUCCGACGAUUCUGACGAUUAG